AUGAGCUCUAUUGAUGAGAAGCCUCUUUCAUGGUUCAUCAGACUGAUUCAUGAUACUUGCAUUCAUUUGAAUAAAUCUAUGUUGCUCCUCUGCUUAUUCCACUCUAAUUCUACAAUGAGCUCUAUUGAUGAGAAGCCUCUUUCAUGGUUCAUCAGACUGAUUCAUGAUACUUGCAUUCAUUUGAAUAAAUCUAUGUUGCUCCUCUGCUUAUUCCACUCUAAUUCUACAAUGAGCUCUAUUGAUGAGAAGCCUCUUUCAUGGUUCAUCAGACUGAUUCAUGAUACUUGCAUUCAUUUGAAUAAAUCUAUGUUGCUCCUCUGCUUAUUCCACUCUAAUUCUACAAUGAGCUCUAUUGAUGAGAAGCCUCUUUCAUGGUUCAUCAGACUGAUUCAUGAUACUUGCAUUCAUUUGAAUAAAUCUAUGUUGCUCCUCUGCUUAUUCCACUCUAAUUCUACAAUGAGCUCUAUUGAUGAGAAGCCUCUUUCAUGGUUCAUCAGACUGAUUCAUGAUACUUGCAUUCAUUUGAAUAAAUCUAUGUUUGCUCCUCUGCUUAUUCCACUCUAA